CCAGAGCCCCCACACAUUAAAGAGGAACAGGAGGAACCUUGGACCAGUCAGGAGGGAGAGCAGCUUCAGGGGCUAGAGGAGGCUGACAUCACCAAGUUCACAUUCACUCCUGUCCCUGUGAAGAGUGAAGAAGAUGAAGAGAAACCUCAGUCCUCACAGCUUCAUCAAACACAAACUGAACAAUUGAAAACAGAAGCUGGUGGAGAGGACUGUGGAGGACCAGAACCAGACAGGAACUCUGAUCCAGAUCCACAAGUCCAAAUGGUGAGAGCGCUGGUGGAGCAGCGACUGACUGCGGCUGCUGAAGAGAUAUUUGGGCCGUUUGCAAGAAGGAUAGCGGAGUGUAAGGCGGAACUUCAUCGUUCAAAAGAGAGGAACCAGCGACAACAGAAACUACUGGAUGCUGUUUUCAACCCUCAGCUUCACCUACACAGAGCAGAUGUCCAGAAGCUGUUGGUGGUUAAAGAAGAGUUUCCCUCUGAGCAGCAGGAGGGGAGCUGCAGUCUGGACCAGGAGGACCCAGAGCCCCCACACAUUAAAGAGGAACCGGAGGAACCUUGGACCAGUCAGCAGGGAGAGCAGCUUCAGGGGCUGGAGGAGGCUGAUAUCAUCAAGUUCACAUUCACUGCUGUCCCUGUGAAGAGUGAAGAAGAUGAAGAGAAACCUCAGUCCUCACAGCUUCAUCAAACACAGACUGAACAGAUGGAAACAGAAGCUGAUGGAGAGAACUGUGGUGAGAAACGAUUUAGCUGCUCUGAAUGUGGGAGAAGGUUUGGCUACAAGCACGUUCUGCAGAGACACAUGCUUUGUCAUACAGGAGAGAGGCCUUUCAGCUGCUCAAUUUGUAAGAAAAAAUUUUCACAGAGUGGAUCUUUAAAGAAACACAUGAGUCUCCACACAGGAGAGAAACUUUUCAGCUGCUCAGUUUGUGAGAAAACUUUUACACGGAAUUAUGGUUUAAAGAAACACAUGAGACUCCACACUGGAGAGAGACCUUUCAGCUGCUUAGUUUGUAAGAAAAAUUAUAGACAAAGUGGAACUUUAAAGUCACACAUGAGACUCCACACAGGAGAGAAAGAUUAUUUCAGCUGCUCAGUUUGUAAGAAAACUUUUACACAGAGUGGGGCUUUAAAGAAACACAUGAGACUCCACACAGGAGAGAGACCUUUCACCUGCUCAGUUUGUGGUAAAGGUUUCACUGGAAGUUGGGAUCUGAAGACACACAUGAGAGUUCACACAGGAGAGAAACCUUUCAGCUGCUCAGUGUGUGGUAAAGGUUUCAGUCAUCGUUCGGCUCGGAAUGUACAUACCAGACUCCACACAGGAGAGAGACCUUUCACCUGCUCAUUUUGUGGUAAAGGUUUCAAUGGAAGUUGUGAUCUGAAGAUACACAUGAGAGUUCACACAGGAGAGAAACCUUUCAGUUGCAGUGUUUGUAGCAAAAGAUUUGCCUGUAGUUCACAGGUCAAAAGACAUAAAUGUGCUGGCCACUCGUCCUCAAAGUUUCAUCAAGCUGAGGAGAACAAAGAGGCAGAGCCUCCAGCCAGCAGCCCACGUGAAGAGAUGCAAACAGAAUCUGAUGGAGAGGACUGUGGAAGACCAGAAGCAGCCAGGAACUCAAAUCCAGAUGAACCAGAAACUGAUGAGGAUACUGGAGAUUUUCCUGAACCUGAGACUGAUGACAGUGGUGAUUGGAAGUAAACUAGCAAUACUCUUAGUAAAAGGUCCUCAUCAGUGACAAUGAAAGCCUUUUUAUUAACCCCUUGGACCUUUUGGAGGAUGCGGCAGAUUCAGUUUGAAGGCAACAGAGAAGAUCAUCACAUAUUGGUAUGAAACUAGAUGAUCUUAGGAAUCCUUUUGUACAAAAUAUGUUGUGAUCUCUUUUUUGGGAAGGGUGUGAAAUUUGAUGUUUACUUGUCUAUUGAGCAUCUUUAGAUUUUUUUAGUAAGAUUUUUUUUGUUUGUGUCUUGUUUAGUUUUAAUGUGUUAAAGUUCUUAUUUAUUAUUGUAGUUUUAUUUAUUCAUUUAGGCUGGUUUUGUGAUUUUGUUGUCGUUCUUUUUUGUUUGUUUGUUUUUUGUUUGUGUUUUGUUUUUGUUUUGUUUGUUUUUGUUUUUUUGUUUUACUGUGUUUGUCCAUUGGUGAUUUAUGUUGUGUUUUGUUUAAAUAGUUAAAUUAAAAAAAAGAUUUUUUUGUUUCACAAAACAAAA